AUGUAUGUUGCAAAGUCUUGUCUUAUGCUUCCACGUUCCAACAAUUUUGUGGUCACAUCUGCAACAGGUCGAACAGCGAAUUAUUGGAUUUCAUUUAUCACAUCGACGUUACAUUUACAGGCACUUCCGCAAGCGUUGGCAAGAUUGGGAACAAAUGGGAUGGCUUUGCAAGGGAUUCAGUGCUUCAUUGUGGAUUAUAUUCGGCACAGUGACAACUUCAUGAAUAGGUAUGCUGAUAAUCACAACCGAGGUUCACUUCUGAACGCUUUGGCGGCUUGUGUAGCUCCUGUUAGCACACUGGGUGGGGGAAAUUGCAUACCAGAUGCUUUGCGCUAG